AUGGAUCCUCAGGUAGGGGGCGAGCCGCCUCCAUACGGAGGACAAGGAGACAGUCGUCUGAAGAGCAAGAAGCCUCCCAGCCUUACGAUAGCCAUUCCUCCGCCGAGCUACACCAUGUCCGCUGAUUCUGCCAGACAGCCUCUCAGACCGUCGCUGAAAAAGAGCUUGAGCAACCGGGGUCCUGGUUCGACGUCAGACAGCUUCGCUGGAGGCGACGAUGGCGACUUCUCAGCCAGAGACAGAAGGUCGAAGUUUGGAAGACAAACGUCCCUUUCACAAAGCAUCCGAAAAAAUGCGGCCGAGUGGUUCGGCGUUGGUGAAGACUGUGAGACGAAGCAACAGCUGUGGCACAGGAAGAGCCUGCGCCACUGCAGCCAGCGCUACGGCAAGCUAAAGGCCCAAUAUCGAGAACCAGAGACAGCGUCCACCUUGGACCAGAACCCAGACUCACCAGCCACCAGCAAGCUGCGGAAGAUUGUGGACCCCUUGGCCCGAGGCAGAGCUUUCCGGUACCCAGAUGAGAUGGACAGUUUACCCAAAACGCCCCACACGGUCCACGGGGGCCCCUUCACACCGGGGGUCACCUCUCUGAGCUCCUUCACCAGCCAGCGCUCCGGGUGCAGCCGCCUGCCCAGGCGGAAGAGGGAGUCCGUCGCCCGCAUGAGCAUCCGAGCCGCAUCCAACCUGCUGAGGGGUCGCAGCGGCUUGGCGGAUUCGCACAGCACGCGCGGCUUCACCAGGAGGAGCUUCAUCCAGAACAACUGGAUAGACGAGGACACUGUGGAUUCAGGAGACACCACCUCUGCUUCGCUUUUCUUCAGCAAGGUUGAUGCUGAGAUGUACUCCAUGGCGGAUGACGUGUUUGAAUCACCUCCCAUGUCGGCCUCUCCCGCAUCCACAAAGAAGUUCCCGAGCCUUAAGGACGUCUCUGUGAAGACCCCCAUCGCAGCGCCUGAAAAGGGUCUUCCUCCUCGCGGUCGCCGCAUCGCUUCCCAGGUGAAGCAUUUUGCGUUUGACAAACAGAAGCGUGACUACGGCAUGGGCGUGGUGGGCAAAUGGUUGAACCGAAACUACCGACGCAGCCUUAGCAGCAACGUCCAGAAGCAGCUGGAGGACUUCCACAGCCACAGGCCCUACUUUACCUACUGGAUAACAUUUGUCCACGUUAUUAUCACUCUGCUGGCCUGCUGCACCUAUGGUUUUGCCCCUGUGGGGUUUUCACAGCGCUCCAAAACUGAACUAGUGCUGAAGAACAAAGGCAUUUAUGAAAGUGUGAAGUUUAUCCAACAGGAGAACUUCUGGAUCGGACCGAGCUCCGACGAUCUAAUCCACCUGGGGGCAAAGUUCUCGCCCUGCAUGCGGCAGGACAAGCAGAUAGUCCGGAUGAUCCAGAAAGACAAAGAUCUGGAAAGGGAAUCUGGAUGUUGCAUUCAGAAUGAUAACUCUGGAUGUGUGCAGACGCUCAGGGCCGACUGCUCGGAGACGCUGGCCACCUUCACGAAGCGGAAUAACGACACUACGGACCGGUCUUCUGGGGCCGUCUGCCAUCAGGAUCCCAGAUUGUGCGAGGAGCCGGCCUCGUCUUUUCCUCACGUAUGGCCAGAGGACAUCACCAGGUGGCCGAUCUGCACCCAUCCCAGAAAGUUCAACAACACAGGCCUCAAACACAUGGACUGCACCAUUAAAGGUCGACCCUGCUGCAUAAGCACUAAGGGCAGAUGUGAGAUCACAACCAGAGAGUACUGCACUUUCAUGCACGGUUACUUCCAUGAGGAGGCCACGCUCUGCUCACAGGUCCACUGUCUGGCUGAUGUCUGCGGUUUGCUGCCCUUCCUGAAUCCAGACGUUCCCGAUCAGUUCUACCGGCUGUGGCUUUCCCUCUUCCUCCAUGCAGGGCUCUUUCACUGUGUCGUGUCCGUGGUGUUCCAGAUGACCGUACUCAGAGACCUGGAGAAGCUGGCAGGUUGGGCCCGCAUCUCCAUCAUCUACAUCUUCAGUGGCCUCACCGGAAACCUGGCCUCUGCCUUGUUCCUCCCCUACAGAGCCGAGGUGGGUCCAGCAGGCUCCCAGUUUGGACUCCUUGCCUGCCUCUUCGUCGAGCUUUUCCAAGGCUGGCAGAUGCUGGAAAAGCCGUGGAAGGCCUUCCUCAAGCUCCUGGGCGUUGUGCUCUUCCUCUUCCUGUGUGGCCUCCUGCCGUGGAUCGACAACAUCGCCCACAUCUUCGGCUUCAUAGGCGGGCUGCUGCUCUCCUUCGCCAUCCUACCAUACGUCACCUUCGGCACCUUCGAUAAAUACCGCAAGCGGAUCCUGAUCGUUGUGUCGCUGGUUUUCUACGUCGGGCUCUUCUCCUCCCUCGUGGUUUGGUUUUACGUUUACCCCAUCAACCUCCACUGGCUGGAGCAUCUCACCUGCCUCCCCUUCACAAGCAAGUUUUGUGAAAAGUAUGACAUAGACCACAAUAUCAACGACGUGGAGCACUAAUCUUCAGGUCUUCUCUCUGCUUUGAGGUAGUUUGCUUCCAGGUCUUCUGUUUUGUUUUUGUUUUUUGACAAUCAAAGAGUUUUUAUCUGAAAACUGGAAGCUUCCCCUCUUGCCAAUCUGAUGACUCUCUUUGAACUCACUCCAGUCCUCAGGCAGGUUUGACAUGAUCCCAUCUGGGUUUUUCAUUUGUUCACAAGCAAAUAACUCAUCAGAAUCAAGAAAAUACAGUUUGAUGGAGGUUUGAGCCAACAGAGAAGAUGGGAGCGACUCCAGUCUGUAGGUGCCAUCCCUUUUAAGUCUGCUUAGAGGAAUAUUAAAUUCAUCAGGUUCCAACACUACAGAAGCAGUCAGUGGUUCUGCUUUUCCUCUUAUAAAGUUAAAAAAAAAAAAAUUUUAAAGAUUUAUUUUUGCCCAUUAUAUGAAUGCAGAAUGGAGAAUGCUGCGAUGGCGUCCAGGGGUAAAGGGCUAGUUCACUUUUUUGGGAGGAUUUCUGCAUUUCUUUUUGAAACUCAUUUUAUUUCUAAACCAUAUGAAGAUCAAAGUGUCAGUAGUGUCAGAAUGCAUUGAUAAAACAACCCAACAAACUUAAAAUAUUAAUAAAAAUAUGUCUCUGUA